AUGGCGGACGAGGACGGGGAAGGGAUUCACCCCGCGGCCGCUCACAGGAACGGAGGCGGCGGCGGCGGCGGCGGGGGAGGUUCAGGGCUCCACUGCGCCGGCAACGGCGGGGGCAGCGGCCCGCGGGUCGUGCGCAUCGUCAAGUCCGAGUCCGGCUACGGCUUCAACGUGCGGGGCCAAGUGAGCGAGGGCGGGCAGCUGCGGAGCAUCAACGGGGAGCUGUACGCGCCGCUGCAGCAUGUGAGCGCCGUGCUGCCCGGGGGGGCGGCCGAUCGCGCCGGGGUGCGCAAGGGGGACCGCAUUCUGGAGGUGAACGGCGUGAAUGUUGAGGGGGCAACACACAAGCAGGUGGUGGACCUGAUCCGAGCAGGCGAGAAGGAAUUGAUCUUGACAGUGUUAUCUGUACCUCCCCAUGAGGCAGAUAACCUAGAGCCCAGUGACGACUCGUUGGGACAAUCAUUUUACGAUUACACAGAAAAGCAAGCAGUGCCCAUAUCGGUCCCCACAUACAAACAUGUGGAGCAGAAUGGUGAAAAGUUUGUGGUCUACAACGUGUACAUGGCAGGGAGGCAGCUGUGUUCUAAGCGGUACCGGGAGUUUGCCAUCCUCCACCAAAACCUGAAGCGAGAGUUUGCCAACUUCACAUUUCCCCGCCUGCCAGGGAAGUGGCCCUUCUCCUUAUCAGAACAGCAGUUAGAUGCCCGAAGACGAGGACUGGAAGAAUAUCUAGAAAAAGUGUGCUCAAUACGAGUCAUUGGUGAGAGUGAUAUCAUGCAGGAAUUCCUGUCCGAAUCGGACGAGAACUACAAUGGUGUGUCUGAUGUAGAGCUGCGAGUAGCUUUACCAGAUGGAUCAACAGUCACAGUCAGGGUCAGAAAGAACAGUACUACAGACCAAGUAUAUCAGGCUAUUGCAGCAAAGGUUGGCAUGGACAGUACAACAGUGAAUUACUUUGCCUUAUUUGAAGUGAUCAAUCAUUCCUUUGUACGUAAGCUGGCACCUAAUGAAUUUCCUCAUAAACUCUAUGUCCAGAAUUACACAUCAGCUGUGCCAGGCACCUGCCUGACCAUUCGAAAGUGGCUUUUUACAACAGAAGAAGAAAUCCUCUUAAAUGACAAUGACCUUGCUGUUACCUACUUCUUUCAUCAGGCUGUCGACGAUGUGAAAAAAGGCUACAUCAAAGCAGAGGAAAAGUCCUACCAAUUACAGAAGCUGUACGAACAAAGGAAAAUGGUCAUGUACCUCAACAUGCUGAGAACUUGUGAAGGCUACAAUGAAAUCAUCUUUCCCCACUGUGCCUGUGACUCCAGGAGGAAGGGGCAUGUGAUCACAGCCAUCAGCAUUACGCACUUUAAACUUCAUGCUUGCACUGAGGAAGGACAGCUGGAGAACCAGGUAAUAGCAUUUGAAUGGGAUGAGAUGCAGCGAUGGGACACAGAUGAAGAAGGAAUGGCCUUUUGUUUUGAAUAUGCACGAGGAGAAAAGAAGCCUCGAUGGGUUAAAAUCUUCACACCAUAUUUCAAUUACAUGCACGAAUGCUUCGAGAGGGUGUUCUGUGAGCUCAAGUGGAGAAAAGAGAACAUUUUCCAGAUGGCGCGGUCACAGCAGAGGGAUGUGGCCACCUAG